AACCUUCAGCUGUGCUCCUGCAGCAGGGUCUUCCCAGUGGCACAGUUUGCACUGAAAAAAUGAGACUUUCAGCCGUCCUUUUCGUCAUUGCCGUCUCGGUGGCACUGUCUGGGAGUGUCACAAUUAAGUCCUUGGUAUUCCCCGCUGAAUCAAGUGACAGUUAUGUUGAGUUGGUCCCUCUGAAACCGAUGGAGAUGAGGGCAUUCACUCUGUGCAUGAACGUGGCCACGGAGCUCAAAGGCGAGCGAGAGGUCAUCUUCUUUGCAUACCGGACUAGAGACUUUGACGAGCUGAAUGUGUGGCGCGAACUGGACGGCAGAUUGUCUUUCGCCCUGAGUGGAGAGAGUGUUUACUUCGACGUCCCUCAGCUCGGUGCCCUGAGGACGCACCUGUGCGUCACCUGGGAUUCCAAGUCAGGUGCAGCUGCCAUCUUCAUGGAUGGGAGGAAAAGCUUGACCAAAAUCUACAAGAAGGGUCACACCAUCCGCUCAGGAGGCAAAGUCCUCCUUGGGCAAGAUCCGGAUGUUUACAUGGGUGAAUAUGAUGCCAAACAGAGUUUUGUUGGGGAGAUCUGUGACCUUAACAUGUGGGACACUGUUCUGUCAGACAGCACAAUCAAAGACCUUGUCUCUGGGAAGAAAGUCGAAAGAGGAAAUGUUUUCGACUGGGAAACCACACAGCCUAAAAUUUCCGGGAGGGUAGAGGUCAUCGAUUGUGAACAAUAGCUUCUACUUUAACAAAAAUGUUGUAAUCACAUAUAAGGCAACAUGAAGGUCUGCAGUCAAUACAAGUCUUCAAUAUCCCUGUAUGACAUAUUUAUUGAUGAAAAUACAAAUCUGUGAAACAAUAUCAAUGAAUUUUACUCUCGUCUAAUAAAAAAUUGUGCUUAAAUUGUCA